GAUUUUCUUCAAGAAAGUUCUCUCAAUCUCUUUCUGAACCGCAAACCCUAACUCUAUCUGCAAAAGAUGUCUCACUUCGGCAGGUCUGGCCCUCCAGACAUCGCCGACACAUACUCUCUUCUCGUCCUCAACAUCACCUUCCGUACUACUGCUGAUGAUCUGUUUCCGCUAUUCGACAAGUACGGCAAGGUUGUCGACAUCUUCAUCCCUAGAGAUCGAAGAACUGGGGAAUCGAGGGGCUUUGCAUUUGUGCGCUACAAAUACGCUGAUGAAGCUCAGAAGGCAGUGGACAGGCUAGAUGGGAGGGUUGUUGAUGGUCGCGAAAUAACAGUUCAGUUUGCAAAAUAUGGGCCCAAGGCUGAGAGGAUUCAUAAGGGAAGGAUUAUUGAAACGCCUUCAAAAUCAAGGCACAGGUCCAGAAGUCGCAGCCCUCGGAGAAGGUACCGAGAUGACUCUAGAGAUAGGGACUCUAGGAAGAGAAGUAGGAGCAGAAGCAGGGACAGGGACAGGUCAGACCGUGACAGGUACCGUGCAAAGGACAGAGAUUAUCGUAGAAGGAGCAGGAGUCGCAGUGCCAGUCCUGAUUACUCCAGAGGACGUGGUAGAAGCCGUUAUGAUGAUGAGCGGCGAAGUAGCAGCCGAUCUAGGGAUAGUCUCUCUCCUCGGCGGAGCCUGGAACCUCGAAGGAGUUAUUCCCCACGUAAGAAUUCCCCUGUGAAAGGUGAAAGCCCUGAUAGACGCAGCCGUGAUGGUGGGUCUCCAACCCCUCGAAGUGCUUCUCCACGAGGUCGGCCUGCUGCGUCUCGUAGCCCAUCCCCGCGAAAUUCAGAUGUUGAUGAAUGAGCUUUGAGGGUUGCAUGGAUCUUUUGUGGCACUUUGACUAGUGCCAAUCUGAUGGUCAUGUUGCUACAGCUGAACUCUCUUUUAAUCGUUGAAUAUGUUCUGGUCAGGUUUAAAGAACUGGUUUGGUACUUAUAUAUUUCUAUGUUGAACCCAAUGCAUCUCUAAUUAACUUGGUGGGUUUGCCUUGUAUGGACUUUAUAGUUUGUAGGCUGAUACUUUACUCUCCAUGAAAGACUUGAGUUGUAAGCCACAUUAUUGUGCUUGAUUUUCUUUUGUUCUCUUGGAUUUAGGAUCAUGUUGUGUGUGGGUGUGAUUUAUUGCAUGAGAAGGCUGAUUUAACACUUGCAUUCAUUGAAUUUUAUAGUUUUGUUCCGGAAAAGAUUGACGUGGGGCAGAUGGCCAGGAUGUUGAUAUUGUGGAUAUUGUAGCUGUUGAUGCUGUUUGUAAAACAUAGAUGGAUGAUCGUGGUUGUGAUUUCUCUAAAUUUCUGAUGAGUGGUAAGAUAAAAAACGUCCACCCCUGAUUUCAAAACAAAUCGUGUCAUUCUGGUGUCUGAUGUUUGACCUGAUUAUCUUCUGGUCUUUGUUUAUCUUGAAAUUAUUGGUCCUGAGAUGGGGGUGGUAGUUGCUGUGAUGGUAUAGAAGGUGGACACAAGAUGAUCGUGUUUUGCCUGUAGCUGAUGCUGCAAAUGAAGUGGACCUGUUAAUAGAUCUCAUACUAUACUGAUACAUAGUAUGAGACAUGAUAUGCAGUUCUGAAUUUUGCAGCCGCAGUUUUUUACAGGCCAGUGAAGUGAGCAUACAAGUCCGUGACUGUAGCUGUUGAAGUGAUGGCUGAUGCCUGUUCUGUUGUAUGAUAUUGGUCGGUCCGUAACUUAUGCAAGUAUUAGUGAAUAAUCACCUGUAGCGGUCAGUUGCUGCCCUUCAUGAUGGGGUUGGUUCGGUAAUGGUACUAGCACUUUUGAUACUGGUGGUGGCUGCUACCUUGCUGUGUUGCUGGCUUGCUGUCAGUUCCAUAAGUUGUAUGCUUUGCCAUGUCAUCCACUUUACUGCGAUACUUUGUUUGGAAAAAGUUGCUUUGCAAUUUGCUUUUUUUUUUUCGUGCUCCAGUCAAAUUUUAUGCCCAUUAGGGAAGGAUAACUGCUGUUUCUUAAUCCUUAUCUUAUCCUUUUCUUUUUCUUAGGGUUUCUUAUGUAUUGGAUUGUACAUCUGCCACCUGGUCCUUGUGCUUUAUCUAGAUUGUAUCUUCUAAACACUUUUGAGUGUGCUUAUUGUAUUUUCUUUGAACUA